CUCAAUAAGUCCUGUAGCGAAACGACUCCACCCAUGUAGCGAAACGACCUACCAUGUAGCGAAACGACUGCCACAUGUAGCGAAACGACUUGUAGCGAUGUAGCGAAACAGCCUGAUACCCCUGAGACGCUACCUGGCUGCGGAGAACAUCGACCUUGACCUAGUUUAUUGUCAUUGUUAUAAGUAAUUUGCAAAUGGCAGAUUUUUGCUGGCGCUAAAUUCAUCGGUUUUUUGGCGUGCACGUGAAAGUUUGCAGCAUUGGAAUGAGUGACGAACAAAACGUGUGUUCCUUCUGCCACAGAGGAAAAGAAGUUGAAGAUCACUGUGGCCCUUUAGAGUCUUCGCCAACCUGCUCUGCUCAUCGACGGUGUAUGCAAUAUUCCUCAGGUCUCUCUCAGUACAAGUUUGAAAGCUUUGGUGGCUUUGAAAUUAAUGAUGUGGAGAAAGAGAUCAAGAGAGGAAGGAAGCUGAAAUGCUCCAUUUGUUUGAGCAAAAGGAAUAAGAAGCAGCUGAAUUGGCCUGCAAGUACAGUGUAUGGUGCCACAGCAGGUUGUUCAAUCGCCACUUGUAAGAAGUCGUUCCAUUACUACUGUGCCAAGAUGAGCCCAAUUCACAGGACAGAACGCCUUCUCACCAAGAUCACAGGUGUCAAUGGAGAAACACAAGAUGUGGUGAAAUACAGGACAUUCUGUGGCGAGGGUCACUACAAAACAUACAUGGAUGCAUCAGAUUCUCAAAAAGGUGAUGAUUUGGCCACCAUUGAAGUAUAUCAAGGAGAACCACUCGAAAACUAUCUCAGCGCUGAUGAAGAGACAAUGAUUGAUGAUAACAGUAACAGAGUCGGUAUCCAGGGCAAUGAGAGUGACCCUGUGGAAGAGGUGCUCGGGCAGGCAGAAGAACAACAGAAAUCACCAGGGCCGCUGAGUCCACUGGAGCCAGUGAGAGAACAGGAUGAACCCACGCUGCAGGCAGACAGGCUGAAGAGAUUAAGCCCUGAUGAUCUGCCCAAUAUUGCACCACCAAGAAAGCGAGUGAGAUCAGCUUAUGGGGGUAGAAAUGGCACCCCCAUCAGGAUGACGGCAUCAUCGCCAACAGUUACCACAUUAGGUGGUGAUGAUGUGGUAGACGCACCUCAGGUAGUCGUUAAACAAGAACCCACAGAGAAUGAGGUGUCAUCAACUAGUCAGCGUGAUGCUGCUGGUGAUGAGCCGAGACUGGCCAGUUCUAGUUCUGUGGACACAACUGACGGGGAAGGAGAGAGUGCAUUAAAAAAUAGAGUUUGUGCCAUAUGUUUUUCUGACAAGAACAGUCUAUGCCCUGAUAGCCUCGCUGCUAUAAAGAACAGCAUCAACAAGACCAUGAGUGUUGAACAAGGAAACAUAAUGUUUUGGGCGGACAUUACUGAGCAGAGAAUGUAUUGGAAGAACGACACAUAUAUGCGAUACUUCAUGUUGGACAUCGUCAAGGCUGUCAGGGAUCGUGACUUAGUGCACCUGCAGGAUCUCCUGUUGCAACCAGAUGACAUGCUAGACCAGUACAAAGGUCAACACAGCUUCACGUGUCAGUUCAUGGGCGAGAUCCUCGAAUGCCUGAAGAAGAUCCUACAGACCCAGAUUGACCACUAUGCUGAACAAGUCAAUGGUGAUGAGACACUGGCAAAAACACUGGUGGUUGAUCAGCGCAAUGCUGGAAAGAGUUUCAUCUUCGUGUUACUGUUGAACGAGAUGACUGACGCUGGCGGGAUUCUACGCAGGAACUUCUCCAAGCAGUAUUUGUUGUAUUCGUUGAACAAGAACUGUGAACUGAGACGCUUUGAUUUGCCUGUGUUGCGAAGAGAAACAUUGAAAAAGAGAGAGAUCUCAACUUUGAGAUCAUGGCUGAAGGCACAGACCAAAAACAACUAUGAGGUGCAUCUCUUCCCCACUGAGGAAAUGCUCCUGGUUGUGGAUGACUCUGUUGCUUGGCAGUUAUCUCAGGACCUCAUCAUCGGCAGCACAGGACAUGCCGAUUGUGACAUUGUCUUCUUUCGUGCUAUCAAUACAGAAAUCAUCAAUCAUAAAGCUUACUGCCACCAGGUGAUGAGAUCGCAUUAUCAGCAGCUCGGUGGGCCCAAGAAAGUCUUCUUCGUGUUUGACAUUUCGGUGGAGAAUUCCUACUCUUGUUGGAAGGACUUGGUGCCAAGCGAUGUGAAGACGGAGGUGUUGGUGUGGAGCAGUUUCGACCCAUCGAGGUUCCCUGUCACGUGUGUCGUGGUUUAUAUGAUCAAGGAAGAGCAAGAUGACACAGACAGUGAGUCACUACUUGUGCAGCCGAAACGCCUUACCAGAAGGAGUGCUACAUUAGCAAGAUGAGGACGAAUACACAUCUUGCUGUGCUGAUCAAAUAGCCAUUUUUUGAGUCUCUGGAGGUUGCAUUCUGAAGAUGUGCCUGAGCAUCAAAAUUGCCUGUUAGUUGCCCUUUGUGGGCCCCUGCUUGUCUAUAAGUGCCCUUUGUGGGCCCCUGCUUGUCUUUUGAGAGGUUGUGACUUACUGUUUAAGAAAAACAGAGCAGCUGUGUUUUAUGGUUUGGUUUGCUUCUGUACUCGCCAUUCAGUGCAUUUAUUAAACCUGUGGUUGUUUGCUUGCUUUGUAGUUACUCCUAUCAACUCUCCCAGCUGUUACUCCACAGGCCUUACUUUUAAAAUCAUUUUGCCAUAACAGAUGAAGCAUUUUUUACUUCAAUGUUGCAGACAGUUAAUAAUGAUUUAUGUGUUUUGUGCUUGAUACUCUUCAGUCUGUAAGAAAGUGUGCCCAACACGCAACACUCCAUUCUCGGUAGUGGUUUUGUAUGUGGCAAUCAAGCUUCUUUAUGGACAGUACUGUAGGUGCUUAUCAUGCUCAAUACAUUGCAUCAGGUAUAUACAUAGGUCACAUACGUACAUAGGUAAGGUGCUUUAUAGGUAAUGUAUGAUAAAUGAAUGCACUUUUCAUUUUGGUGUAAGCUGUACAAUUGUUUUGUUUCCUAAGGUUCCCUGGUAGUUUUUGAAGGAAAUUCGGAGUAGAAAGUAUUGAUGAUGUGAAUUUUAAAAGGAGGUUGAUCUUGAUGUCUUUUAUUCAUUGAUUCAUUUAUGUAUUCUACGUUCUACCUGACAUUACACAAUGUAACAUUUAAAAAGAAGAAUGCCUCUCCUGAAGUUUGCAGUUUCAUCAUAAUAUUAUCAUAUGCCAGAUACAAUAGCCAACUGGUUGCUGGUCCUCGCCAUUGUGUCUGUAAAAAGGUUGCUGUUUCAAUACAUCUGACUGUUCUGAGGCUAUUGGCUUCAGGAGAGAUGUUCUUUACAAGCUAUACACUGCUGUUUUAUUGAUUUUUAAAAAAGUUUAUGAUCAAUGUGAAUUCAUGUAUGUUUGUUUUGUGUCAAGGUCAUUUUGUGAGGUUUCAUUUCACCUUUUCUCUAAAUUUGGCAAUAAAAGUUGCACAAGAAAUAUGUAUUUCUUGAGGAAGUUUUUAUUGGUUUAUCAUGUUGCUGGUGAUUAUUGUUUGGUUUUGUAUGUGUAAACAUGCCAUAUCAUUUUAAUAUUAGGGCUUGUGGUGUUCCCUAUGUGUAAACAUGCCAUAGCAUUUUGGAGCUUGCGGUGUUCCUUAUGUGGGUAUUUUUGGUGUCCAGCUCACUCUUGCACUUGCUGACAAUAUAGAAUCUGAUGUACAAUUACAUUUGUGGGUAGAUGGCUAUUUGUAUGAUACCUAACCGUGUUAUGGCUGGUGUGGUCAGCUGCCCCAUUUGAACACUAUAACUGUGGGGGCCAGUGCAACAUGCCCAGGUGUUGUAUUCCACUGCGUAUCUGGGACGAAGGAUCUUUGGUGGACUAAGAUGGGACAUCUUGGCAUUGGACACAUCUUGGGUGGGCCUUCCUUGUUGAUUCCUCUUCCUUCAGUAUCUGCCUAGUUGCACCCAAGUCUCUGAGUUGCCUGUCCAGAUCACACUUGUGAGACAAAUGUUACCUCUGUUGUUCUGAUGUGUCUCGCCGAGUCUCUGUAAUCAUGUUGCUCUGUCUUGUUAUUCUUAUGUCUUUCACCAUUGUAAGUGCGAGGAUUUUCUGAAGAGGGAGAUGAUUAUGGAUGUGAGAAGCUCAAAAGUGUUCAAGUUCUGUAAAUCAUCUUGAUGAGUACUCCUGUUGCUAUUAUAAUGAAAGUAGACAUUUGUUUUAAAGAAUCAUGAACUGGUUAAAGAAAAAAAGGUGGUUCACAGUAUUUGAACGUCAUUUCUUGUGUUUUUGUCAGUUAUUGUCUGUAGAGGCUAUGCAUUCAGUGCUCUCUUAUUUCCAAGUGGUCUUUGGCAAGGUUUUAUUGCAUUAUUUUCAGUGGUUGUCCCCAGUAAAGUAUUGUACUGAAAUGUUGAGUCUUUAUAAAAGGAUACAAUAUCUCACACCCUUAUUUAGUGAUAUUUCCUUUUUAAACUGAAAUAAGUAAUUGAAAUUCUGUAUGACAAGGAAGUAGAUGUGCUUUCUUGUAUUGUUCUCAUGGAUGAUGUAUUUUGUAUGAGUAUGUAUGAAUAUAGUCUGUAAAAAGUGAGAUUAAACUUUUACUGUAAUGAAA